CUUCAGGCUGACACCAACUGUCAAAAGAAUUCCAGGCAUCAAGGAUAGGCCUUGGUGAGAGAUAUUUUAAGACAGACCACACCACAGCGACAGUUGCUUACUAUGUAUAAAGGGCAGCCUGUUCACAGGCACUGUCUCCUGAGUUGUGUAUUUUACAUGGUUCAGGAUGGAAGAUGGCGCCACAAAACAUGUCAUCCAGAUGACGGGAUUUAAGAUGGAAGAAAAGGAAGCUCUAGUCAAAUUACUCUUAAAACUAGAUUGCACUUUUAUUAAGAGUGAGAAAUAUAAAAAUUGUACACAUCUUAUAGCUGAACGCCUGUGCAAGAGUGAAAAAUUCUUAGCAGCUUGUGCAGCAGGAAAAUGGGUAUUAACGAAGGACUACAUAAUUCAUAGUGCCAAAAGUGGCAGAUGGCUUGAUGAAACAACUUAUGAAUGGGGAUAUAAAAUUGAAAAAGACUCCCAUUAUUCACCACAAAUGCAAUCUGCACCUAAAAGAUGGCGUGAAGAGCUGAAACGGACUGGUGCUCCAGGCGCCUUCCACAGAUGGAAAGUUGUCCUCCUUGUUAGGGCAGACAAGCGAAGUGAUUCUCUUGUAAGAGUUUUGGAGGCUGGAAAGGCAAAUGUCAUUUUACCAAAAAGUUCUCCAAGUGGGAUAACUCAUGUGAUUGCCAGUAAUGCAAGAAUCAGCGCUGAGCGAGAACAAGAGAACUUUAAGGCUCCAUUUUAUCCAAUUCAGUAUUUAGGGGAUUUUCUUUUAGAGAAAGAAAUUCAGAAUGAUGAAGAGUCCCAGACCAGUUCUGGUUGGACUAAAUACAGCAAUCAAGAAAAAAGCAAAGAUUUUAAGGACACUGGAUUUCUUGAAAUGAAAGCUGUUGGAGAAGGAAAGUAUAGAAUCCAGAACAAAAUGGAAAAUCAUGAUGAAAAUGUUAAUGAUAGAUUUGUUCUGAACGAGCAUCACAAAAAAGAAAAAUUCAGAGACUACAGAAAAGAUAUGAAAUCUGCUAAAAAGAGAAAUACAUUUAGAAGGCAUGCACAUGACAAUCAGAAAGAAACUAAGAAAAAAGUUAAGAAUGUCCGAAGGAGUUACAUUUUGAGGAAAAAGAACAGUAAAGAAGGUUAUUACAAAACUAAUGAUGAGUAUGACACAAUUAAAAGUACUUUAAAAAGGCAUGUGCAUUACAGAGAUCAGAAAGAAAUGAAGAAUUCUCUUCUUACUGAUUAUGCCAUUGAAUCAAAAAACAAGGAUGUCAAGACAAAUGUGGGUCUCACGGAAAUAAAAAAUGCCUUAAAGAAACAGAUAUACAGAGAUGUGUAUAGAGCUCAGGCUGUACGAUACAACUGCAUUAGAAUAGAUAAACAGCCUGUAUACAAUGUAGAGGUAAGGGGCUUGGAGUUGGAUGAUGAUUUGGACCAAAAAAGAAGUGUUAAAAAUGCGGAGCUCCCUAGAGGGAUAUUAAACUUAAUUGAAAGCCUCAUAGAGGGACAGUUCUUUAAAGAAGCCAUUGAAGAGCUUUGCUCUUUGCAAGCCCAUUACAUCCCUCCUGUGUGCCUUCUCCACUCCCUUCUAGAGAAUGUCCUGCAGGAUAACAUAGAUACAUUUUCUGGUCGAUACUUUCAUGUAUUAUCAGCUCUUCUUCAUCUGCAUCCUCCUUGGAAAUCACCAGCCAUGUUAAGAUACUACUUAGAGUUAUUUCAGUGUCCAACCUGUAGGAAAGGAGCCUGGUCUCUGGUAGAAGUGCUUGUCAGAUCUUGCCUUUUCAACGAAAGUUUCUGUCAUCAAAUACCAGAAAAUAUUGGUUCAAAGGUAGUCCAUUUUACAUUGCUCAAGCUUUUCUUUAAUUUAUUUGAAAGUGAAGUACGGCAUUUGAUUCAAAAGUUGUGUGACUGGUCGGGUUCCCAGAAUCUGAAAGGAACAGAAAAGGCAAUUCUUCUUGAAAUCUUUUGGUCAGGAAGUGAAACUUCAGGACUUCUGACAAAACCAGUAAAUAUGCUUUUGGAGUGGACUAUAUAUUCUCACAAGGAAAAAUGCAAAUCUAAUGAUGUCUUCAAACAUGAACUAGCUUACUUACUGACUGGAAUUCUUGGAACAGCAAUAGAUUAUUGGAUCUUCCUUGGUAUUCAUAUGGGUAGAAAUGUGAUCCGACACAUGUCUGAUGACUUAGGAAGUUAUAUCUCCCUUUCCUGUGAUGACUUCUCUUCACAAGAACUAGAGAUCUUCAUUUGUUCCUUUUCAUCCUCCUGGCUUCAAAUGUUUGUUGCAGAAGCCAUCUUUAAAAAGUUGUGCUUACAGGGCCCCGCCAGUGCUCGCACCGAGCCACUCUCUCUUCAGAAAAUCAUAGACUCCUAUUUGCCAGUUUUGGGAGAAAUGAACAUACAUGGGGCUAGAAAGAUGCAGACGCCAAAAAAAAUCGGCCAGCGACCUUGCCUAGAGUCUCAGAGAGCAUUACUAAUGCUGAAUGGUGCAAAGCAAAAGCAAGUUGAAGGUUGGCCAGAAUUUCCAGAAUUGAACCGUGCUAAAUGUUCCUCAUCAUUGAAAAAAUUGAAAAAGAAAUCAGAAGGAGAGUUGUCAUGUUCCAAGGAGAAUUGCCCCUCUUUGGUUACAAAGAUGAAUUUUCAUAAAACUAAUCUAAAAGGGGAAACAGCUCUGCAUAGAGCUUGCAUAAAAAACCAAGUGGAGAAAUUGAUUAUUCUUCUCUCUUUGCCAGGAAUAGACAUCAAUGUUAAAGACAAUGCUGGCUGGACGCCUUUGCAUGAAGCCUGUAACUAUGGCAACACAGUGUGUGUCCAGGAAAUUUUGCAGCGUUGUCCAGAGGUAGAUCUGCUCACUCAAGUGGACGGGGUGACUCCUUUGCAUGAUGCACUGUCAAACGGACAUGUAGAAAUUGGCAAGCUGCUACUACAGCACGGGGGCCCAGUGCUUUUACAACAGAGGAACUCUAAGGGGGAAUUGCCCUUGGAUUAUGUCCUGUCACCUAAAGACAAGGAAGAACUCUUUGCCAUUACCAAUAUAGACGACACAGUGGAAAAUUUUCAUGCUCAAACACAGAAACAUUUUUAUCACCAGCAGCUUGAAUUUGGUUCAUUUUUACUUAGUAGGAUGUUGCUUAGUUUUUGUUCAACAUUUGAUUUAUCUUCAGAAUUCAUCGUAGCUUUCAAAGGGUUGGCUCAUCUAAGUGAGUUGCUUAUGGCAUGUACUAGUGAUGAUGCAGAACCCACCAGUGCACAUACUGACUGGUUACUAGAUCUUUAUGCUAGGAACAUAAAGACAUUAAAGAAGCUCCCAAAUGUUCUUAAGGAACUGCCUGAGAAUCUAAACGUGUGUCCUGGAGUACAUACUGAGGCCUUAUUGGUGACACUGGAAAUGAUGUGUCGGUCAAUCACAGAGGUGUCUUGAUGGUGGAAAGUGAGAUAACUCUCACUAAACAUGCAGCCUGUCAGUACAGCCAUAACUUAUGGACAAAUAUCAAUUUGAUGUAUUCACUCACAGCCUUACAGCAGAUUUUCAUAGCACUUAAAAAACAUCUGCAGAACAACAAUACAGGCUUCCUUUCCAAUGUUUAGAAUUUAACUCAGAAAGAUACAAUGAUAAAAUGAAGUAGUUUUGUUGGGUAUAAAAUGUUUUUAUUGCUCUUUAAAAAUCUUUGUUCUGAAAAUAUUUAUUUAUAUUGUUUAUGUAGAAAAUUAAAUACUUUUCAUAUCAAAAAUGUCCUUUCCUCUAAGUGCUAUAGGUUUUAAAAUCAUGGCGAGGAUAUUCAUUAAAAUGUGUAUCUAUAUACUUGUAAAACUUGUUUCUUCUUUAUAAGCUAAUGUCCAAAAUGCAUUUGCUUUUCUGUGUUUCUAAAAUAAACCUUUCUGGAAUUUUAAAUUA